AUGUACACUGUUGAUGAGUCGCUACCCAACUCCAUCCGUGCAUUCAUGGGCACGCUGUUCCGUGUAUUGGGUACCAUUGUUGUUAUUGCCUAUGCCACACCGAUUUUCCUGAGUGUGGUAUUACCCAUGGCCGUUGUCUACGUGCUUGUCCAGCGCUUCUAUGUCGCCACAUCUCGUCAG